GUUUUCAUUAAGGAUAAAGAAGACGCAUCACGCAAAAAAAAGGAAUCAAUUGUUGAUCUCUCACGUUUCAUAGACAAGAAGAUAAGAGUCAAAUUCCAAGGCGGAAGAGAAGCCUCUGGGAUAUUAAAAGGUUAUGAUGCUUUGAUAAACCUAGUGCUAGAUAACGCCGUCGAAUAUAUUCGUGAUUCUGAUGACCCGCAGAAGAUAACCGAGGAGACACGGCCUUUAGGAUUAAUAGUUGCUCGAGGAACAGCAAUCACCGUAGUGGCGCCAAAUGACGGCAUUGAACAGAUCCCAAAUCCGUUUGUUUGA